AUCGGCUCGAGCCGUCAAUUUGACAAUCGCUGUUUCCCGCUUCGAAUGAAACAGAUUUCGUGGUAGUGCGUGUUCAGCCAUAACUUCGUAAUUUCUUUAUAUCAAGUUCAUUCUACCACGUACUUCAGAAUUGUUAGCGCCAGUAUGAUCGAUCAUUCGGAUCAGGUUUUAGUGAGCCUGGCAGAAUUAUGCACAUCGGAUGAAUAUUCCGAUGUAACAUUCGUCGUACAAAACGAGCGCAUUUCAGCGCACCGCGCCAUCCUAGCAGUACGGUGUGAGUACUUCCGGGCGCUUCUGUACGGUGGUCUGGAGGAGAGUAAGCAGACCGAAAUAACGCUUGAUGUAUCGUCAACCGCCUUCAAGCAUCUGCUCCGGUACAUCUACACCGGCUCCUUGGAAUUGAAGGACAUGGAGGUGGACGAUAUACUGACUUUACUCGGAUUAGUCCACCAAUAUGGCAUCACUGCCUUCGUGAAAGCCAUCUCAGACUACCUGUAUGGAGUGUUGACUGUGGAGAAUGUGUGUACCAUUGCGGACGAGGCGCGUCUGCUUGAUUUAAAGGAUUUAAUGGAUAAAUGUUAUGAAUUUAUUGAUGAAAAUACGCGGAGCAUCAUGAAACUAGAAUCCUUCUGCAAUUUAUCGUACGAAAUGGUUAGCAGUGUACUCGAUCGUGAUAGCUUAAACAUUGAAGAGAUCGAUUUGUUUCAAGCCAUUCACAAGUGGUGUACGAGUAAUAGCGAAAUAGGAGAAAAGAAGAAGGUUAUUUAUGAUAAAAUACGCUAUGCAGCAAUACCAAGGAAGAAUCUAAUUUUAACCGUGCGACCUACUGGCGUUGUAAAUUCCGAUCAGCUACUGGAUAUAAUAUGCACUCAAGACGAUACACCCAAAGAACAAGAAGUUCAUCCAUAUCGAGCUAUCUCACUGCCGGGUAAAGACGUGGCCGCAAACGCUAAAGUGGAAUGGACAAAGAAUGGUUACGUUUGUUUUGACCUUGGGAAACGAUGCUUUAUUAACUACAUUCAUCUUAAUCUGAAUGAUCCAACAAACUCAUAUUAUUCCUACUCCAAAACCGAAAGUCUAUCGGUGUCAUCCGAUGGCAAAACAUGGUCAACCGUUUCAACAAGAACAUACAAUUACUCUUAUUUUACUUCCCAUCCAAGUGUUAGUUUCCUUGAGCAACAAGUUCGCUACAUUCGUUUCGAGUCAUCAUUUUAUGAUGACAGCAGUAACAUUUCUUUGUCGGCCAUAUUAAAGCAAGAAUGAUAAGUAAUUAAUGGCUUUAUUAACCUCGUUAAUAUAAUCGCAUUUUGACUAGAUUGAUCCCAAGACUAGAUAAUCCCAUUUUGAAUUAUAUUCAAGGUAUAUUCGUUGAAAUCUUUGACCUUUGAUCUGUUUUCUGUUAAUUUGAAUUUAUAAAAAUAAACUUGGAAUAUUUCAAUCGUUUUUACCUUUUUUACGCUUAAUUUGUGUCAGUUCGUUAAUGUUGUUGUUUUAGUCAUGGGAUUGAGAAAUAUUGUACAGUAUCUUUAUCAAUUUUACUAUUCAGUAAAAUACAGUACAUUUUACUAUUCAGUAAACAGCUCUAAUUCGCUUUCAUCCAUCUUACGAGCGCGAACAACUUUCUAGCAACUGUAUUGUGUUUGUGCGUUGUAAUAAUCGCGUUAGAUAGUCGACGUUUCAUUUCCUUGGCCAUUUAACAAUAAACUUGAGCCAUUUAAUGCACUUGAACCGGCCGUUCAGGAUAAUCUUUUCGCUGCCAUAACACUAGUGUAACUACUCGAGAUUGAUAAAAGAAAAACGACUGGUUCGUUGUAUAAAAGCGCAACAGUUUCCAGACAGAGCACCAAUGACAAAUCGGUAGCUCUACCAGCAGGAAUAGUUAUUUCGUCAUCUUUGAAUUCUCAUCAACUAGCAUCAUGCUACGUAAGGUCUUUGCUGUUGUCUCGGUACUCCUGGUAGUAAGUGCAGCCAAGGUGACAAAACUGGUGCUGGACGACCACUACGUCAACCGAGUGGUUGGAGGAGA